AGGUGCCACCCGGACAAGCAGCAGCAGCACGGCCAGCCCGCCCACGCCGCCACCUCCACCAAAGAGGCCCAGGCCAUCAACGAGGCCUAUGGCGUGGUGGGGAACGAGGCCAGGCGGUGGAUCUACGACAACAAUUAUCUCUACGAGGUGAGCAGACAGCCAGGGACACCGAGGUCAGAUCCUCACUCUCGUCCUCCUCUGUGUGCUUUGGGGAUUCAGGGCCCGGACAGCACCGCCUCGUCUGAAGCUCCCCCAGAGCAAGACUUCCUCGACGUAGGAACGCACCACAACAGGACACAUCCAUUGCAGGGAACAGGUGUGUAUGUAUUUCUGUCCGUCUGCCCAUCUGCCUGCCUGCAGCGCCCGCUCUUUGGGCCCGGUGCGCCCGAGUACCCCAAGUGGCACUUCGUGGAGGAGGCGGCGAGGCUGGGUGUGACGGAGCAGGUGCGCUCACUGCCCAUAAAUACAAGUGCAAUCUCUGUGUCAAUCAAUUGUGUGUGUCCUUCCCUUCAGGGGUGGUACACAAACACGGAGACGGGGCGGGCUGAGUGGUGGCGGCGACACGGGCCCGGCUAUCGGGUGACGCUGGAGGGCCCCGACUGUCACGAGAG